GAUGAGUGCAGCCCGGGUGAGGGGGAAGGGAGAAGGAAGUAGCCCUUUCCCCCAGUGCGCCCCCCCAGCGGGGGGUGUGGAAGGCCACGAGCCCGGUGACUGGCCUAUGGCCUUUUUGGCUGCUCCACAGGUGACUGCAGUUGCAGUACGAUGUGCAAGCAAGAAGAGUGGAGGCAGCUCAAAAAAUCUCGGUGGCAAGAGUCCUGGGAAACGCUAUGGCUAUAAGAAGACAGAAGGUGCCUUUGUUCAUGCAGGCACUACAUUGGCCACCCAGCGGGUGAUACGCUGGCAUCCAGGGGCUCACGUGGGGAUAGGUUGUAACAAGACACUCUUUGCUUUGGAGGAUGGGAUUGUGCGAUUCACCAAGGAGGUCUAUGUGCCACCACCCCGCAGCGAAGAGACCAGGGACGUGAUCUGUUGCCUACCCAAAUCAGCAGUGCUUUACAAAACCUUCAUCAACGUUGUCCCCACCAAAGAAGUGGGGAGCUUCAAGCUAGUCACCAUGAUCUGAGGCUCUGCUUCCCCACACAGUAAUGACUGAUCACCAUGACAAACCUGCCACUCAACCAGAAAGAAGUCUGAAGGACUCCUCUAGAUCUGAAAUGACUUGUUGGCAACUCCAGUUUCUGGUUCCUAGAACUCACUGGAUGUAAAUUUGAGAGUUACAAAGUAGUCCAGACUGCCCCGAUGCUGUUUGUUGAAGCAUAUAUAAAAUAAAUGUUCUGGGAUUCUCUAACAGUG